AUGGUUCAGUUUUUACAGUCUCUCUUGGUCCUAGGGCUGGCAGCCCGGUUUUCGUGGGCCAGUCCUCAAGUCCUCACAGAGUCCGAGGCACUAGUCAAGCAGCGGGGACUUGCGCCUGGUGAUCAAUACGUCUUUGCCACCUGCCCACGUAACCUUCAGAAGUGCUCGGAAUGCGGCGGCGAUACCAAGAAAAAAGGCUUUUGCGAUAACGAAAGAGCACAGGGAUCUAUGUUCGAAUAUUAUCGCUGCAAGCAAUUCCACGCAACAGGUUGUGGUCUGAUUUGUGAAUGUAUAUCAGAAGAAACGGGCAAUCCUGGAACCGGUUUACCACCCAUCAUUCCAUUCCCGCUUCCACCACCUGGAUUCGUUGUUCCUCCAGCAGGUGUUCCAAACCCCAAGACUCCGUGUAAAGAAGACUACACGAAGACUAGUUGCAAAGACUGCAAAGCUCUGGAGGGCUGGUGUACUGUGGGAGACAACGCCGGGUGCCCUUGCAAGGAGGAAUGCCCUGCAGACGAUAAAAAACCUAAGUGCUCCGAUGACGGAUGCAAGGGAGACGACAAGGGAGCUUGUACUAUUGGCCAUUACAAGGACUGCAAGUGCAAGGCUGAAUGCCCUGACCCAAAGAAAAAGGCUCUUGUCUGUAGCAACAAGAGUUGUGCAGGUAAGGACGGCAAGUGUACAACUGGCGCGAAUGAUGGCUGUGCUUGUUAUGAGCUUGCAAGUGUAAUCUUCACCAUCGGAUCUAAGUCGCAGGCAGAAAAGAGCGAGAAGAUCAUGGCUGAACUGUCCAAAUAUCUCAAGGACCAUGAAGGAGAAGGAGACAAGCCCAAAGAGCCGAAGGAGGUCAAAUGCUCCAGCACUGAGUAUAGCAAAGCAGUUGACGUGGAUAUCUCGUUCAUGCAGAAGAUAGCGGAUAAGUUCUGCGAUGGUGAUAUGAGCAAGAAGCGCAGUCAGGACUUGACAAACAAGGACGUCUCAAGCUCCGCUUAUGACAAAUAUAAGUUCCACCUCGAGUUCGACCCGGGCAAGAACUGCAAGACCGACUGCAAAGCAACUUUUAAGUCAAUUAUUGGCAAAUGCGAGGGUUAUAACAGCCACUCUAUCCAGCUAGAAGGCAGUGCCAAGUUUGACUGUGACGCGAGCUACAGCUACAAGAUUGACGCGCCCGAGAAGCCGAAGCCGGCGCCUACUCCCGACCCUGGCUUUGAACAGCACGGCUUGCAAGAAAGAAAAUGCCAUUCCGCGGAUCAGUUCGGAGGUCAUGGCGAUGUUCGUGGAUCCGAAAUUAGUAUGGCUGCUACAGGCUGUGCUGGUAUCUCUGAUGACAAGGCCAAGCUGAAGGAAGGCUCUGAGGCUGUCAAGCUGCAGUCAACAUAUGGAGGCACCAAGAUGCAGUUUACCAUGUCAUGGAUUAAGAACUGUAAGGGACCCGAGCAAGACGCCCGAUACCCCUUCGGAGAGCCGCACAACCUUGGAAACACCUGCUGGCAGCUUUUGUUGGACGAUUGGCAGAAGUGUAACAACGGCGGUGCUGGUGGAUCUAUCGAUUACAGCUGUGUCAGAUACGAUUUCAGACCGACACAUGACUAG